GAGCGCUGCCCGCCCGACAGCGAGCCGCCCGCGGAGCAGAGCUUCAGCCUCGGCGCGGACGGCGCCCUGCGAGUCGGGCCUUUCUGCGCGGCCGCCAGGCCUGGGAUCCCUACGCCCUUCGGCCCGAUGCAGCUGUGGUCCAAGCCGCUGCCCGGUGGCGCCGCGGCCGCCGUCGUGCUCAACCGCGCCGCUCCCGGCGGCCCGCCCACCAGCGCGGACGUCUUGCUACCGGAGCUGCCCGGCCUGGCCGCCGCCGAGGGCGCCCGCGUGCGCGUGCGCGACGUGUGGGCGCGGGCCGACCUGCCUGCGGCCGUUGGCGGCGGGAGAGCUACUCGCUCAGCGUGCCGCGGGGCGACAGCCGCUUCGUGGUCUUCACCCCUGACCGGGAGCCCCAGGAGAUCUUCGCGUGA